AUGGCCGACGAGUUCAUCACCAUCAUCGGUGAGAUGAUCAAAACUCCUCCAGACCCGAAUGAGCCUAUGCCACUGGCGAAUCAGAAAGGAACCAUGUUCGGCGUUACAAUACCAUUCCACGUGUUAUGCUGGAUCGUGGUUGCCUUUCGUCUUCACACACGUUUGCGAGUUGUUCGCGAACCUGGCCUCGACGAUCUCUUUGUAGUUCUGGCGGCUGUUUUUAACUUGGUAGCUCUUGUAACAUUCCUCUACGGUACUAGAUAUGGCUUGGGCCACCAUCUUAUAGAAGUCUUCGAGAUAUUACAACCGACCAUGAUCUGGCUCUAUAUCACCAAUGCCGCAUAUCACACAACAACCGCAUUCAUCAAGAUCUCGCUACUAUUACAGUACCUGAGAAUGUUUCAGCAAGGCAUCCGUCGUACAGUCUGUAUCGUCCUCCUUGCGUUAGUCGUAACAUGGGGCCUCAUUUUCUCAUUCAUGGCUUGGGUGCCAUGCUUCCCUGUCUCGGGUUUUUGGGACAGGACAAAUGGCGCCAAAUGCUACGGCUUCGGGUAUCGUACGGUCAACGAGGCGAGAUAUUCGGUCCUUGCGUUCGCUGGGACGAAUAUGCUGUUUGACAUUGCGAUCUUUCUGGUACCGCUCACGGAGUAUUUCAGAAAAGAUCUGAGACGGAAGCAGGUCCUCGCUAUGACUGCGUUGUUCGCUCUCGGUUCGAUCGUCGUACUCAUGGCGAUCCUCCGUCUUUGGAGCACCUUCAAGCACAGUCAAAGCGUGACGCAAAGUUUCGAUUUUACGUGGUGGUACCCCGAGGUCCUUAUAAUUUCCUGUCUCGAGGUCGAUUUCGCUAUAAUGUGCGCCUCUAUGCCCAUCUUCUGGCCUACCGUCAUCGCAAACUGGAACAUCUAUGUCACAAACGAAGUGCGCGUUACGCACCACGAACGCCUUGCCGAUGAUAGCCGAGACAAUUUCGAGUUGGUUAGGAACACGUCGUUGAAGAGUAUGGGAAGCGUGGAAGGCUUGACAAGGGUUGGGAGUGAGGAACAACAGGCGGUUUAUAACGGAUUCGAUCCAGAGACGGGUAAAGAUGGGAGAUUUGCUAUCAUGCAAGUAGAAGUACAGCCGCAUGCACAGGGAUCGCGGAGACUCUGA